CAUGUAACCACAGUAGAGUCUCAGUUAACCACAGUAGAGUCUCAUGUAGCCUCAGUAGAGUCUCAGUUAACCACAGUAGAGUCUCAUGUAGCCUCAGUAGAGUCUCAGUUAACCUCAGUAGAGUCUCAGUAGAGUCUUAUGCAGUUAACCUCAGUAGAGUCUCAGUAGAGUCUUAUGUAGCCUCAGUAGAGUCUCAGAGUCUCAUGUAACCACAGUAGAGUCUCAGUUAACCACAGUAGAGUCUCAUGUAACCACAGUAGAGUCUCAGUUAACCACAGUAGAGUCUCAUGUAACCACAGUAGAGUCUCAGUAGAGUAAUGUUGCUCAAUGGCCCCUUGGUGGUGGUAAAGAAGGGGGGAGGGGAGGGAUCUGGUUUCUCCUGCUGGUCUUGAACCUCACUUCUUUACAACAUGAACUGGAUCAACAGCAGAGGAAGAGAGAGAUGACAUCAUCCAGAUGUUUCAGCUCAACCCCCCCAUCCCCCUGACCCGGGUCUGGACCCAGAGGACGUUACAGCUGCACAUGACAUCACUCAGGAAUCUAACGGGCUGAUCUGGAACCAGUUUGUGGAGCUGAGCUCCUUGAACGCACCACGAGGUUUAGAGGCGGAGUUUCCUCCUCACCUGCUGUUCGAAGGCCGGUUUCCAUGGCAACGAUCCAGAGUCAGGACACAAACAGUGGAGGAGGAGGACCUCCUCAGACCAGACUCUGUUCACCUGUAUCAGCUCCGCUCCUGACCUCUGACCUAUAUCUCAGAUCAUUUAUAAAUUGCAAAUGAUGUUGAUAUUCAUGACUACAAAAAGUUGUAAUGUUCUUACACAUUUAUAUUGAAUGUAAUCGAACUCUAAAGUGAGGAAUGUGUGUUUCUUCCUCCAGAUGUUGGCGCUAAAACUUUACAUUUUGACGUGUGACUCCUAAAAAAAAAACUACAUUCUCCAGGAUUCUGUGGUUCAAACGCAUCGUUCUUUUAAAUCAGUGUUUUCACUGCACAGUAGAGUCGCAGUAGAGUCACUCUUAACUCGCGCGCUUUAUGCUAAUUACCUCCAGUCACUCUGUGCGCACGAGCCUCUUUGGAGGAGACUUGAGCGCGCGCCACCAGCAGUUUCCAGCUGCGCUCGUGAACUCGGUCGUUCGGUUCUCUCUCGGAUCCGGGUCUCCUCGGUCCUCCUCCGGUCUAAAGCUCUCCGGUUCUGCUCGGUCCGUUACUUUUCUCCGUCACAAGUUUCUACUUAAGUUCGUUCUCCCGGUGCUGUUGGUUUCAGACGUCAUGGGUUGUUGGACUGUCCCGGUCCUGCUGUCAAUCAUCUGUGCUGGACUCACGGAGGGAGCACCGGACGGACCGGAGGUUCAAGUGAUCGACGUGUUGAGUAGUCUCCAGGACUCCAAACAGAGCGCGGCAGCGGUGGAGAAGCUAACGUCCGGUCUGAGCGCGCUCAGUGACGUCUAUGUGGUGUCAACGUUUCGGCUGCCGGCCAAAGUGGGCGGAGUCCUGCUGGGUGUCUACAGUAAACAGGACAACAGGAAGUACCUGGAGGUGUCCGUCAUGGGGAAGAUCAAUAAAGUGGUGGUCCGGUACCUCCGCUCUGACAUGAAGCUCCACACAGUGAACCUCCACAGCUCUCACCUGUCAGAAGGUAGAACCACCUCCAUCAUCUUGAGAGUGGGAGGUCUUCGUCGUGACAACGUCAACAUGGAGCUCUACGUCAACUGCCGAUUGGCCGACUCCAGCCAGGGCCUGCCGUCAUUGGUCGCCCUGCCCGGAGAGGCGGAGCUUGUGGAGAUCCGACACGGACAGAAGGCCUACGGACGAAUGCAGGGUGCAGUGGAGUCCCUCAGACUGGCUCUAGGGGGCACUGUGGCUAAAGCUGGGGCUCUGACCGACUGUCCCUUCCAAGGAGACGCUUCAGGCUACAACUCAGUGGGUGGAGACAUGAACUCCAUCCUCGGUGAUCACACCAAGGCUCUGAUUGGUCAGCUCAUCAUCUUCAACCAGAUCCUGGGAGAACUGAGACAGGACAUCAGAGAACAGGUGAAGGAGAUGUCUCUGAUCAGAAACACCAUCCUGGAGUGUCAGGUUUGUGGUUUCAAUGAGCCUCGUUCCCGCUGCUCUCCUAACCCCUGCUACAAGGGCGUGUCCUGUAUGGAGAGUGUCCACUAUCCUGGGUUCACCUGUGGAACAUGUCCACCUGGAACCACCGGCAACGGGACCCACUGUCAGGACAUGGACGAGUGUGAGCUGCAGCCUUGUUUCCAUCCUGACUCCUGUGUGAACACUGUGGGGGGGUUCACCUGUCACCCAUGUCCUCCUGGUCUGUGGGGGGUCCCGAUGUCUGGAACCGGACUGGACUACGCCAAGACACACAGACAGGACUGUGUGGACAUAGAUGAGUGUUUAGAUCUACCAGACGCCUGCGUGUCAAACUCUGUGUGCAUCAACACUGUGGGUUCAUACAAGUGUGGGGGGUGUAAACCCGGUUUCCUCGGUAACCAGACGUCUGGAUGCUUCCCCAGGAAGUCGUGCGCCGCAUUGACCUUUAACCCUUGUGACACCAACGCCCACUGCACCAUGGAGAGGAGUGGAGAGGUGGCCUGUAGGGUGAGACACCUCACUGUGAGACAGCACCACCAUCACAUCACCCACUCAUUACUCAUAUGUGUGUGUGUGUGUGUGUCUCUGUGUGU